UAACAUAGGGAGGGGAGGAGCAGAAAGGAGUAAGAAAUGUUGCCACCGCUGGAAAAACAGCACAAAGAGUCCUCCGGGGGACAACCUUGGAUGCUAAAUCAGCAGUACUCGUUCAGCCAUGGUUGGUUCAACAUUGAAAGCUGUCCCACUGUCUUUGCCGAGCCUCUUCCUUCUCACUUUUCACCUCUCUGCAUCGCAGAAUGUUUUUGACUACUCUGAAGAUGAGCAGCAGUGUUCAAGAAAAGAACACCCUGUGAUUUCUUUUGAAGAUCUGAAGCCCUGGGUGUCAAAUUUCACUUAUCCAGGUGUGCGGGACUUUUCUCAGCUUGCUCUGGAUGCCAACAGGAAUCAGCUCAUUGUAGGAGCCAGGAACUACCUCUUCAGACUUAGUCUGCACAACGUUUCUCUUAUUCAGACAACAGAAUGGGGGUCAGAUGAAGACACAAGAAGAUCUUGUCAGAGUAAAGGAAAAACAGAGGAGGAAUGCCAGAACUAUGUUCGUGUCCUGAUUGUUUAUGGCAAGAAGGUAUUCACCUGUGGUACCAAUGCCUUUUCGCCAGUGUGUUCCAGCAGACAGGUAGGAAAUCUUAGCAAAAUAAUUGAGAAAAUAAAUGGGGUAGCUCGCUGCCCCUAUGACCCUCGGCACAAUUCAACAGCCGUGAUCACAUCACUGGGAGAGCUGUAUGCUGCAACGGUCAUUGAUUUCUCUGGACGGGAUCCUGCUAUUUACCGCAGUCUAGGAAAUGUCCCACCUCUUAGGACGGCACAAUACAACUCCAAGUGGCUUAAUGAGCCCAAUUUCAUCGCUGCCUAUGACAUUGGUUUGUUCACUUACUUCUUUUUCCGUGAGAAUGCUGUUGAGCACGACUGUGGGAAAACGGUCUAUUCUCGUGUGGCAAGGGUUUGCAAAAAUGACAUCGGGGGAAGAUUUUUGUUGGAGGACACGUGGACAACAUUCAUGAAGGCUCGGCUGAAUUGCUCGCGCUCUGGGGAAAUCCCUUUUUACUACAACGAACUGCAGAGCACUUUUUAUCUUCCUGAGCAAGAUUUGAUCUAUGGAGUGUUCACUACCAAUGUAAACAGUAUUGCUGCUUCAGCAGUAUGUGCCUUCAAUCUCAGUGCGAUCACACAAGCCUUUAAUGGGCCUUUCCGAUACCAAGAAAAUCCAAGAUCUGCAUGGCUGCCAACAAUCAACCCCAUCUCCAAUUUUCAGUGUGGAACAAUGAAUGACGAUAGCCCCAACGAAAACUUGACAGAAAGGAUCCUCCAGGAUGCCCAGCGCUUGUUCCUGAUGAACGAUGUGGUGCAGCCUGUCUCUGUGGAUCCGUACGUCACUCAGGACAACAUCCGUUUUUCUAAGCUUGUGGUUGACAUUGUUCAGGGCAAGGACCUUCUUUACCAUGUGAUGUACAUUGGGACAGAGCAUGGCACCAUUUUGAAGGCGCUUUCUACCACUAAUAAGAGCCUGCGGAGCUGUUAUUUAGAGGAAAUGCAGAUUCUUCCCGCCAGCCAAAAGGAGCCAAUCCAGAGCCUCCAAAUCCUGCACAGUGACAGAUCGCUGUUUGUGGGUUUGAAUAAUGGAGUGCUAAAAAUUCCUCUGGAGAGGUGCUCAAUGUACAGAACAGAAGGCGAGUGCCUGGGUGCAAGAGACCCAUAUUGUGGCUGGGAUAAGAAGCAGAAGCGAUGUACAACCAUUGAGGACAGCUCCAACAUGAGCCUGUGGACUCAGAAUAUUACCGAGUGCCCGGUGAAAAAUCUGAUGAUGGAUGGGCGUUUGGGGGCCUGGUCCUCAUGGCAACCAUGUGAGCACUCAGACGGAGUCAGCACAGGCUCCUGCAUGUGCAGAUCACGGUCAUGUGACAACCCUCGGCCUCGCUGCGGUGGACGUGACUGCGAAGGAAGCAGAAUAGAGAUUGCAAAUUGCUCGAGGAAUGGAGCUUGGACACCAUGGUCGUCCUGGGCCCCCUGCAGCACUUCCUGUGGGAUUGGCUUUCAGGUCCGUCAGAGGUCGUGCAGCAACCCUGCUCCGCGAUACGGAGGCAGGGUCUGCGUCGGACAAAGCAGAGAGGAGCGGUUCUGCAAUGAGAACAGUCCUUGCCCAUUACCCAUUUUCUGGUCUUCAUGGGGCCCUUGGACUAAAUGUAGUGCCAAUUGUGGUGGAGGGGUGCACUCAAGGCAGAGGUCAUGUGAAAAUGGAAACACCUGUCCUGGCUGUGCUGUGGAAUAUAAAACCUGCAGCCCGGAGGCCUGCCCAGAAGUACGAAGAAAUACACCCUGGACACCGUGGAUGCCCACCAAUAUUACCCAGAGUGGUGCACGCCAGGAGCAACGCUUCCGCUACACCUGCCGUGCUCAGCUUUCUGACCCCCAUGAUCUCCAGUUCGGUAGAAAGAAGACAGAAAGUCGGUUCUGCCCAAAUGAUGGCUCAGCAGUUUGCGACACUGAUUCUCUAGUUGAUGACCUUUUGAAAAGUGGCAAGACCUCUGUCCGGAUUAUCAAUGGUGGCUGGUCCUUUUGGGGAGGUUGGUCGUCUUGUUCCCGAGACUGUGAGCUGGGUUUCAGAACCAGGAAGAGGACAUGCACUAACCCAGAGCCUAAAAAUGGUGGCCUACCUUGCAUAGGAUCAGCAAUGGAAUAUCAGGACUGCAACCCUCAUCCAUGUCCAGUGAAAGGAUCAUGGUCCUGCUGGACUCCGUGGUCUCAGUGCUCAGCAACCUGUGGUGGUGGACACUACCAGCGCACUCGAACCUGCACCAACCCGGCACCUUCUAAUGGCGAGGACAUCUGCAUUGGGCUGCACACAGAGGAAGCACUGUGCAAUACUCAUUUGUGUGAAGGAGGCUGGUCUGAAUGGUCCGAGUGGAGCUUGUGUAAUGAAGAUGGGAUCCAGUACCGUAGUCGUUACUGUGAAAUCCACAAUCCAGGAUCUUCCCAAUGUGUCGGGAACAGCACACAAUAUCAAGACUGUUUGUAUAAUGAAAUCCCUGUGAUCCUGCCAGCCUCGAGCAUUGACGAGAGUACGAACUGUGGAGGUUUCAGCCUCAUCCAUCUGAUUGCCACGGGGGUCUCUUGUUUCUUUGGCUCUAGCCUCUUAACGUUUGUGAUCUACGUUUACUGCCAGCGCUGCCAGAGGCAAUCCCAAGAAUCUACUGUGAUUCACCCCACCACUCCCAACCACCUUCACUACAAAGGCAACACAACACCCAAGAAUGAGAAAUACACACCUAUGGAAUUCAAGACACUUAACAAGAAUAAUUUGAUACCAGAUGACAGGACCAACUUCUACCCUUUGCAGCAAACAAAUGUAUACACAACAACCUAUUACCCCAGUACACUGAAUAAAUAUGACUACAGGCCUGAGGCCUCCCCUGGAAGGACCUUUACUAACAGCUGAUGAUGGACAGAUUCUCCAAGAACUGGAUGGCUUCCUAUAUGAUUUUUAUUUUUUAAAAUUGAGUUUAUGGACCAAAUAUUGGCCCAGUCUCUAGAUGUAAAUAUUAUACAGUGGGCCUUUUAUUUUAUCACUUAUCAGUGGGCUUACCUUUGAGCAGCACAUCUCUUUAAGUUGACCCACUGUUGAUGGACUAUCCUCACUAGGAAUUUUGAGAGGCCCACAGCUAGAGGUAGCACUUACUGCUAUGGAUAUUUAUGGCUGGCAGUUAUCCUUUUUUUGGAGGGUGCCAACAUUGUCCAGGAACCAACCAAAAUGUGCUAAGUUUGUGGGAAAUGGUACAUGGCAACCCACCACUUCCUCAGAAAUUCAGUGGACAUCUAUGGACAGAAAAUAUCACCAAUGCUUUGAUACACAUCCUUUGUAUGUCUACAGAUUAAUGGGACUAUGAACAUUAUCUACAAGACAAGCCUUAUGGAACAGCGUGGUAAAAGAUGUUGGUUUUCCAGGUUUGGGGUUGAUCAUUGUAUCAUCAAACUUUCCUGCGACAUGGAGCAAUAUAUGCAACCUAUGGUGAAAAAAAGUCUGGUGAGAUUUACAAAAGAAGCACUUGAAACAUUUCCAGUCAUAAGUUGGAGGGGAAAGUAACAAGAUGUUGACAUGGCUUUUCGGUAAAUGAGAUACGGCUUUAUCCCACUGG